GUUACGCUUAGUGGGGAGUUGAGAUUUGGAAGUAAAAUAACAGAGAAAAGGGAUGAUAUCGGGUUUCACUUGUCUUCGGCCAUUGCACGCCGACUGUUGAGGUAAGACUGUUGCCAGUAGUGCUUGCGUGAGCCGAGCCAACGAGGUUGAUUAGGACGGCUGCCGAUCUGCGUCGCCAACAGAAUGAAGUCCAUCAAUGUUGGGGGUCGCUCGAAAUGUUCCACUUUCAAGCUAGGCGAAAGAAGAUUCGAAGGCUUUUACAAGGGACGAUCGACGACGCUAUGGCCGGCCGGCAACGCGCGAUGCUCCCGUAGUUGCCCCAGUCCGCCACGACCCCUUUUGACUCACGAGCGAGGUCCUCAAGGAUUGCCACGGCAGGCGAAUUUGAUCUCUACGACGUCGACUCUGGUAACCCCACCUACUGCAAGCGAAACGACUGGCGUGCUCAGACUAGACGGAGCAGCCCUUCGAAUCUCGCUCGGCUGCGAAGGUGUUCCCCGGCCCCGUCAAAGCUGGCCUGGAAGCCGUCGCUCUUGCGAGGGAAGAGGUCAAUCUCGACGCUACAGUGAUGAGAUCAUUUCUUUCGCGACGACGCGUGGAGGCUCGAGCACUGCUCUGCGCUUCACGAUGUAUUCUGCAUAGCAUUGCCUUGGUGACAGGGAAAGGAGCAAGCUCCGUUAUCGGUCUACACCGACAAAUAUACGUACAUUGUCUUUUUGCUCAAUAUCAGCCAGCCAGACUUUUUGGAGACUCCGAAUAUCCCAACGUCGUGUUCAACCAGUAACGUCAUCACCAACCGAAGCGACGGACGACCUCAUGGCUU